AUGACAACUAACACUACCGAAGAUGCAGCAGAGCGGCAACGUCUCGAAGGGUUCUUCGGUGCUUCUCGCCAGGGUAUCCUUGAUUCCAUUAGACGAGAUCCGACAAACGACGGCGGCCUCAUGCAGAACAUUCAAUUCGCAAUCCAAUAUCCUCAGGACGUCUUACUUAGGAAUGGGAUGCGAAAGUCCGACAUGUACCUCGAGAUAGAGCUAAAGGAUCUUUGGUGGAAAACAAUCAAAGCAGCAAAGCUCAUUCCAGCCGACGAUGAAGGACGCCAAUAUAGACUCGUAGCCUGGAUUGCUGGAGCAAGAUCGCGUCCAUCUGUAUCUAGCAUCCAGCAGGAUCCUUACAUCGCAGAUGGUGGGAAAGUCUUGUGGAGAGAUCUGCCAUUCUUUCAGAAAGCUCUUGAAUUGGCAUGGGCAGACCGAGCCAACUUGUCAAAGGCUGAAUGGACAAAUCUCAACGCUUUUGUCUCUCGAUUUAUGCAAGUCACUGGCAUGGAACUGAUGAGUCUUGGUCUGGAAACCAUCCGAGAAACACUAGAAGAAGAGAGACCUCUAUUCUUGACGGCUGGCGAUGGUCAGCAAGUGGAGAGAUGCAUAGCAGAUCUAUUGCCGGCUACAUUACUUUGGUUGAGGCAUUCACACGGGUUUAUGAAGACCAUGACAGUGGUUGUUGAGCGGGCUAUCAAAGAAGGUGUCGAACCACCAUCAGGGUGUGGAAGUGACGUGAUGCCAGGAGAGCUAGCCAUGGCCAGUGGAGUAUCGAGNGGUGGUCUGAGUCUCGCAAGGAGACGUUCCUGGAGAUUGCGGCUUCUGGAGAUUGGACAAACGGAGAACGCAGGUGGAGGCAGCACCGAUACUACGGUUGCAGAUGCCUGUGAAUGGGCGAAGAGGAUUGGCACAUGGAAUCUCGAUUGGCCAACAGAACUCCGAGACGUACCUGGAUGGGAAGAAGCAAUACGCUAUCGUCCCAAUCCAAUGCCCAGGAAUUAG